AGGCAUGCUAUUUGGUUAGAAUUUGGUUUGAUAUUCUAUUCAAACCUUCGAAAUUAUGUCGUAAAUAUUUUGAGAAAAAUAUAUUUCCUAUUGAUCUAAAAAUAUAUUCAAUCACAUGAUAUAUCUACACUAUUUCCAGGUAUGUACGAACUAGUAUGAAUUUAUUGACAUCCAUUUAUUAAUAACUAUUAAAUAUAAUACAUUUUUUUAGAAAUGCGUGCUAGUAUUGAUAAAACUUUUUCUCCUGGAACAUCAACAUAAUUUUCUAAUUGGUUUUUUUAAGUCCUAGUAAGAUUUAAUUUAACAAUUUUACAAAAUUGUCUUUCAUUAAUUUACUGUAUACUUAUUAAAAAUACUUUAUUAUGAUUUAAGUUCUUCAAAAGGUUAGCAAUUCUUAAAAUUUAGUCUGAUACUUUUCACCGAGAAGACUAAGUUAUUAUGUGCACAAUUGAAAAAUAUGAAAAAAAACUCUUAAAGCUGACAAAAACAAUUUUAAGCUUGAGCAAUCAAUUGACUAAACAUAAUAUUAUUGAUAAUUAUCUCUUGUGUGAAAACAUUUUUCAUCUUCUGUACUAAUUAUUGUGAAAUCUCAUAUGAUGUAAAAAACCAAAAACUCUCAUAGGUACAGGUAUACAGAUGAUAUAAAACAAUUAGCGUCGGCAAUCUAUUUCUUAGACACAACUGUAUAUAGGUUUUUACUUAGGUACUUAAUUAUUUAUUUAAGUUAUACCCAUUUAUCUUAAAUGAUUGUUAUUCACUUCACCCCCCUCAAAAAAAAAAAAGAAAAAAAUGUUAAAACCAAUAUUAUAAUUUAACAGCCAAGUGGAGAAAACAUAAUAUUCCUAAGCACCUAAUUUUCAGAAAAUUAAAAAAAAAAUGAAUUUCCUAGUUUAAUUUCAAUAAAAAAAACUUGUUUCUCCAGCAUACAUUACCCAAUAACUAAUCUUAGAAAGUGAAAUAUUAUAUUUUAUAAUCUAAUUAUAUUAGUCUACCUUUCAGCUAUAAAAUAGUUCUUUUUUUUUUUUGUAUUUUUGGAAUAGCUAUAAUUAUCCUUUUUAUACUUAGCAGUUCAAUUCAAAUUAUUAUUAAUUGAGUAUUAAUUUUUGAUAAAAAUUAUAUUUUUUUUCGCAUGGUUAUACUGAUUAAUCUGGUUACCAUGUUUUGUUUGUUUCAUAUUAUGAAACAAACAUAUUAAUUUCAAUAUAUUAUAUUUACCACAUGGUCUUAGAUUAUUAGGCAUUUAGGUGUAGCAAAAUGGCGACUACUCUCCGGUUGCAUAUAAGCCUACCAAACAUUACUAAUGACCAUUGGAAAUCGAAAGCUCUCAUUGGCUGUAUUGCCUUCGUAAUAACAUUAUAAAAUUAUGAAUCUUCAAUGUUUUCAAAUUAUUAUUAUUUUGAUUUAUUUAGUAAAAUAUGAUAUUUCAUCCAGCAUCAUAUAAAUAUGAAAAUGUUAAUAUUAUUUCUAUAUGCGAUGUAAAAUCUAUGGAAGACGUCAAUGUGUAGUUAUUUGCGUACCUAUUUUACAUUGCAUUUAUUAAAUAAUAAGCUAUUUUUGCCAUAUCUUAAGUAGAAUAAUUUUAACAUUUUUAGAAAAAAGUUUGUUUUUCAUCACAGUAGAUUUCAGAAGUGUAUCAGCAAACCAAAAUGGUUCAUCUACAAAUGCUGAAUGUCCAAAUUAUGCAUUUUUUUUUUCUCUAAUGUUUAAAUUCUAUAUUAUUUCUAUUUAAUUUAUUAAGACAUAAGGAUUAAGAUACCUAUAUAAUAAAUAGUUUAUUAUUUAUUAGACACGUUGAUGUUUUCCAUAGAUUUUGCAAUAAAGUCACUUUUAAAAAUUUCAUAUUUAAAUGAUGUUGUAUAAAUCAUAUUUUAUCAACUGAACAAAUAAAAUGUCAAAAAAAAUAAAAUAAUUUUAUAAUGUUAUUACACAUGCAUUACAGCUAAUGAUACCUCUCGAUUUCCAAUUGAUCACUAGCAAUGUAUGGUAUACUUAUAAAUUAUAAUAAUAUUAUACCCCCCGGAUGUGGAGCCCGCUCUAGUUGCGCUAUCUAGCGGUCAAGUGCCAUAAUAUGUUUUAUCUAUAUUUACGAUUUAAGAUAUAUAUAUCUUAUACCGUCUCCUAACUUAACCGUAUUUAUCUAUGUGUCUGUAUAAAUAAUACAUUAUUAAGAUACAAAUGACUACUACAUAGACGACUGGAAUAAGAGCACUACUAACUGGUUUGUGUAAAUUGGUUGAUGGGUUGCAUAAUCCUUGCCAUGUAAAAUGUUAUCAUUAGUUUUUAUCCGGGCCUAGUUAAUAAUGUUAACAUGCCGUAUUAUCGUAUCUUGAAUCUUCAUUUGUUGAAUUUAAGCUGUGGCCUAACCAAAUUACCUAUCAUUCAAAUUCAUUAAGUAAAAUAAUGUACAAUUAUUUUAAUUUCUCAUUAUAUAACUUAAUUACAAAUUACAAUGCCAAGAAAAUGUGUUGUGUGUAAUAAAUUGUAUACUUCAGGUUCAGAUGAUUCAUUUCAUUCGUAAGUAUAUUAUAAUUUAAAAAAUAAACAGGCUGAACACAUAUUUACAAACGAUAUAAUAAAUUUACAGUUUUCAGAAGAUAAAAAAAAGAUAAAUUCAUUUUAAUAGAAAAAACAGGUUCAUUAUGAGGUUUAAUAAUAGAAAUAUAUAAUACAAAUUAAGAUUUAAAUUUAAGUCAUAUUUAAUUUAUGUAGGUACUUACAAUGGUCUACAGUUGAGAUGUUGCAUACAAGAAAAUAUAACUAGAUAUUUUGUUGCUACAAUUGGCAAAAAAACAAUUAGAUAUGAAUUUUUAUCUUCUUGAAGAUUUUAAAUCUUAUUUAGCAUGUUUGUGUAGGAUUAUAAUAACAUAUAAAUGGAUAGAUCAUAUUACACUUUGCUUUUUAACAAUUUAAUAUAUUAUAUUUACAUAACACAUUAUAAUUCUAACCUAAGGGUCCUUGUUAAGUUGGACCAUUUUGGUGUUAAUAGUAGACCAUGGAGGUAACUCAUUCACUAUAUUUUAAGCCUGUCUAAUGGAAUAAACUUUAAUUAGUAGUAAAUUCACUAUCAAUGAAGACAUCGUUGGGGUUCAUGCCCACUUCAAAAAUUGGUACCCUAGAAUUGUUGGUUAUGAUAUUUGGAGUAGUAAUCUUUUCAGUCUAAUUCAUAAAUGUUUCAUUGUGGAAACCAUAUACUGGUUUGUUUUACACAUUUUUUGUAUCCAUAUGGGUUAUUGUCUCUGGAGAAACUUUUUCAUGAAAUAAAUAAUGUUAAUCUAUUUCACUUGUUACAAGUUAUAAAUUUUCUUAUACAGUCUAUGUGGUCUAAUGAAAUGAGAGAGCUAUCGGUGGAUUGAUAAAUCCUAGUUAAUUGAUUGUCAGAUUGGCUAGAAAUAUAUCAAAUAAAUAUAGACAAAUGUUGUAAUAUAUUUAAUAUAUAUACAUAUUAAGUAUUUACAUUGAGUGAUGUUUUUAUAUUUUUAAAUUCAAUAUUAUAUAGCUGAUAGUAUAAUGUGAUAAUAUUACCAAAAAAAAGCAUGCAAAUUAUACAUUUUUGCUAAUUACUUAUAGGGUGGCAGAGCUAUUAAUUUGCAAACCCAAUACAAAUAGCAGAGUAGCAGUUUCUAGUAUUCCUACCUCUUGCUACCCCAUAAUAACGUGUAUGAUGGUAAAUCUUUAUUAUACUAUAUGUAAUUUUUAUUUUUAAUUUGAAAAAUCAGAUACUAUGUUGUAUACAAAUUCUACUGUAAUGUCACUAGAAAUAAUCUAAUAAUACUCCUUACCUUACUGGAUAAUUAUAUUAUUAAAUUUGAAUUACAUGUUUGAUGUUUAAUCUAUUUCAGCUUUCCUAAAGAUGAAGUACGUAAAAAAUUGUGGUUAAAUGCUUGUAAAAUGAGGUUGCACUUGCCAUCACACAAAAUAUGCAAGGAUCAUUUUUUGCCAGAACACUAUCUUCCAAGUGGGUAUCUAAAAAGUAAUGCUAUUCCAUUCAUAGAAACUGCAAGUAAAGGUUAUUAUCAAUUUAUUAUAUUUUAUUAUGUAUAUUAAACUCGUUUAUUGAAUUUGCAUACUUUUAUACCACUCCAUACAGUCUAAAUUGUUUGUUAAAGUAUGUCCUAGAUUCUUCAAUCCAUAAUUCCCUGUUAUUUCAUUCCACAACGCUACCGAAUCCAUUCAUUGUUCUGAUUUUGGGAGAGGGUUUUCAAAAAAAAAGCCAAAAAUAUUUCAACCAACCCUAUUUUAGCUAAAACUACUGGUUAUCAACUUGUAAAUUUCUUAUUAUAUCAUUUAUGUUUUGUUAAAAGGGCCUGUACCACAAAAAAUUGAAAAAUACAUUUUUUGGUAUCAAAAAAAUCAGUAAAGUUAAGAGAAUAAAGUGGUAAAAAAACAUAUUUAAAUACAGAAAAUUAAGUUGAUAAUAUCAACUAAAAGAUAUCUAGAUGUCCUUUUAAAAUAUAAUUAAAUGCCAAAUUGUUAGAAGUACGUAUAUCAUAUUGAUGCAUGUAUGCUUUGUGUACAAGAUACAUAUACGAGUAAUUUUAUUGUUUUCCAUGAUAAACAUCAUUAAAAACUGUUUUGUUAGUUAUUUGCAAAACAGUUUUUUUUUUGCUUUCUGAAAAAGAAGUGAAAUUUGAUAGACACCCUUUUAACAAAAUACCAUCGAUAUAGAAAAAAUUUUCUUUAGAGAAUGUUUUUUCACAGUUUUGAAAGACUAUUAAUGCAUUUUUAUUGCUAGUUUAAGAUGUGAAUAAGAAAACUUUGAACUUUGAUGUCUUCAAAUAAAAAUUUCAAAAUUGUAUGUUAUAAUUCUGACAAAUAAAAUCACAAUAGCCACAACCGGUUUCCACCUUAUAAUUAUCUAUAAUGGUAUUCAUUAUAACACAUUAAUUGUUUGGAUUUUAGAUUCGGAGUGUAGCAAGGGAUCUAUUGGUUUUACUAUAAAGUGUAUUUUUUUUUAUUUUUCAUGUUUGGACAACUUUUCUACCAGGGAUUUUGCUUCAAAGUAUAGAAAGCAUCUUUUCUUAAACGUAAUAUUCUCUAGUUAUCAAAUUUAUAUUUGAUAUUCAUUCAUAGAUAAAUUGUUAGACCCAACAAAAAUUCUUGAAAAUUUGAUAGGAUAUUCAUUAUAAGUCAAAUAGUGGAUCAAUAAAAAAACGGCAUGCCACAGUGUUACCGUUUUCAUUGUGUUAUACUUUAGUUUUCUACCAGUAAAAAAAAGAGCUGAUAUGGGAGUGGGAGUGGCUACUGUUGUAGGUGAGAAUUUGGGAAGGUUGGAUACAUAAGGUUAUUAUAUUUAUAUCUGUAAGCAACGAUAAAUUGCUUGACUAAAGGCGAUUCCAAGCGCAGUUCGGUAAUACAUAAAUUGAAGUGCUGGUUUUUUGCAAUUUUUGUUUAAAUUUGAUUUCAAAACUCUUAAUAAAAAAAAAAGUUGUCCGAUCAUUUUGGAAAUUUUACCAUAACUAGGUAAGUUCAAUAUAAGUAUUAUAACCAAGUUUCAAGUCUCUACGUGUAUUUAUGACCGAAUUACAGCAAACAAAUUCCCAAACAUUAAAAUUCCUUAAAAGCUCAAAAGUUUUGGCGAUGAUUCCGUAAGAAAGUAAAUCAAAAAGGUAACAAAAAAAGUAUCUUGAUUUUUCGAUUAAAUCAUUUUUUCUGGUAGAAAACGUCGUCCUCCUUUUUAUAAAAUAAUGAAAUUGUGAAAUUGUACGUUUUCCUACGUUUUUCCCACUUAAUUGCUUUUAAUUUAAAAAAAAUGGCGUCGAAAAUCAAAAAUUGAUCUCUCUAAAGUACAAUUUAGACAACUUGAGCUUAUUCUUCGAAGCAUGUUUACAAAGCAAAAAUUAAAAAACCUUGGUAAAAAGAAUAGUUCCUUUUGAAUCUAAAAUGACAAGAAAUCAAUUUUGUUCAUUUUAAUACUGCCAUUGACACAGAAAAUCAUUUUGUUGAUAUCUUAAGUAUUUUCCAUAAGAAUUGGGAAAAAUCAAAAAUUACGAAUUAUUUAUUUUAUUUUUUUCAAAUCGCUGCAUAAUUUCAUUAUUUUAAAUGUAUGACUACUAUUCUAUCAUAAAUAUCGCUCUACUAAAAAAACAUCAAGAGAUUUUUUUGUUUAAUUUUUAAUCUAGUUGGUGACUAAGAAAGUCGUUUUUUGAUUUUCUUUUGUAUUUUUUUUUUUAAAUAAUUUAGUAAAACCGUAAAAUAUUUAUAAAAAAAAAAAAAUGGGAAAAUUGAAGACUAUAAUUCUUUUAUUGUUUUCAAUUUUGUUUUUUGUAAUAUAAUUCAAUUAAAAUUUUACGUUGAAACUUGAAAUACUUGAGCUACUAUUUAUAGACAUUUUAUUUUGGCUAGUUGUUUACAUAAUUUCUAUUUGGUAGGUAUUCUGUAGAUAAAUUAUUAAACUUGCCAUAAAUGCUUGAACAUUUGAUAGCAGAUUCAUUACAAGUUGUACUUAGUGGUCAAAAAAAAUUAGUUUAAUGUAGAAGCUUGAUUUUAAAUUUUAUAAAAAAAAUUCUACAUUAAACUAUUUUUUUUUUUAUUUAUAAGAGUUAAAAUCAAAUUUUAAUGAAAAUCUUAAAUAUUAUGGUCUUUUAGAACAUGUAUAUGGUAUGACCGUACUUCGCUCUGAAUCGUUUUUCAUUAUUAAUGUGUAAUAUUGGUUACAGAUAUAAAUUAUAUAACUUCAUGUAUUCCACCUUCCCUUUUCCUUACACAUCUACAAUAGUGGCCGCACUCGUCCCCAGUAUCAUCUCUUUUUACUGUUGGCUGUAAUAUUUUCAGAAAAAUAAAUAUUGGAUAAAAUACUGUUAAGUAAAAAUAAUUUUCCUCCAAUUUAUAAUUUGACUGAUUUAUUUUAGGUUUUUUACAUACUCAUGUUCUAUCUAUACUGUAAAAACUAACAGAUUAUUGACAAAAUAAGCAAAGUUAAAAAACAAAUAAAAUUAUAUUUUAGAUACUGAAUCUUCAAACUCAACAAGUCCUGCAACAAACUUGGGUGUAAAGCCUAUAGUUUCUACAGAUACAACAGGUAUUUAUCAAUAUAUUUUUUAUUCAACAUUAUUUACAAACAUAUUAUAGCAGUAACAUUUUGUAAAUUAAAACAAAUUACUAAAUUUUAGGUAUUGAACCAGCAGACCAUACUUACUAUCGUACUUCCAGCCCUUGUAAAAAUGCUAUAGAAACCUUAUGUAUAGAAUCUAUAGCUUCUACAACUACAAGUAUGUAUUAACAAUUUAAUUUAUUUUUAACAUCUUGGUUAAAUUGUAUAAACUAAAUUAUUCAAUUGUAGACAUUGAACCUUUAGACCUUUGUGAUAAUCCAAGUCCAAUUAUUCAAAAGCGCAGACGCAAAAUAAAUGCCAACACAAUAGGAGAAUUAUCACCAAGUCAUUUUAGUUCGCCGGAAAACAUAAAGAAACAUUUAGACUUGGUGAAGUCCAAAUUUAAGGAAAAACAAGUUGAAAAUGCAAAUCUUAAAAAACUUAUUAAGAGACUUAAAAAAAAACUCACUGCUUAUGAAAGUGUUAUUAGGUAAUUUUAGUAAAAAUAUUUUUAUUUGGAAAAUGCAUCUGUUUACUUAUGGAAUUAUUUUUGAUAUUACAUUAGCAUAUUUUUGGAUUUUUAAUUUUCCUCUAAGACGUUCACUUAAGAAUAUAAAUAAAUAGCUCACAUACGUUUAAAAUACAUCAACUUUAAUAUUUUAUAGAUAUUGAUAUUUUCUCAAAAUAUUAUGUCUAACCUUUAUAUAUAUAUAUAUAUAUAUAUAAAUUUAAUUAUUCUAAUUAUUUCAAUACUGAGAUUUGUAAAAUAUUUUUUUAAAUUAACUGUUUCAAAUAUAUAUGAUGAUAAUGAUGAUUGUGAUUAUUAUUAAAUUUUAGUUUUGAAUAUAAAGUAUUUAUUUUUUAAAUGUUAAUUAUAUUUCAAUUAUUUAUUUUAAUUUAGGUUUUUUUAGUGGUUUGUCCAAUAAAACGCCCAGUGAAAUUAAAAUGUCAUAUAAAGUGUAUGAAAUACUCAUACAAGUGGCUGGUGUCUAUAGAUAAAUUUUAGAUUCUGAGUGGAACAAAGAAGCUUAUAGUUUUAAAAAAUAGUCUUUAGGGUGGUAAUUUUUUUAUUUUCUUAAGAAUUUUCCCAGCAAAUCUUAAAAACUGGGAAAAACAUAGGAAAAUUGUAACAAUAUUAAACAAAUAUUAUUAAUGAAAAUAUAUGCCUAUUUAAUUAUUUGACAAUAACAUGUCAUAUAUAUAUAUUUUAUUUUCGUUAUUAGCUUAUCAUUGCUUAUAGGUAUAUAUUGAAUUACCUAUAACGGUGACUGCAACCAUCCCAUUAAACCAAAAAAAACAGCUUUUUUUUUUUUACUUAUCCUUAGCUUCAAAAUAUGAGAAAUAUUAAUAUCAAACUGUGUACCUAAAAUGAAUUUUAAUAUUAUAUUGGGUAAUAAACUAUGAUAUUAGUUUUGUGUACAUAUGCCAUUAGUAAAGCUUUUCAACAAAA